AUGGUGUACAGCCCUGGUUGGGAUCCUUUGGGUCAUCCAGAUGUGCCAAUCCGAACCUUGAGGAGAGCACAUGGCCGUGUCUCUCACAGCACAGGCCAGGGACCCCAUGCCCUUCUACUGACCGUCCCCAUUUAUUUGGACCGAGAGUACAACGAGAAGAUGGCAAAACGGCUGCUGAACCUGUUCGAUGAGAAUGUCUGGAGACACACCAUACUUCUGUUCACCAGAGCUGACCUGCUGGAUCUUACGGGUUUGGACGGAUACCUCAAUAGUUGGGGGUUGCCCCUGCAGGCCCUGGUGGAAAGGUGUGAGCGCAGGUACCACAAACUGAACCGAAACAACCGCAAGCAGGUCAAAGAACUCCUGGAAAAGAUUGACCAGUUGGUGGCGGAAAGUGAUGGCAAGACCUUCCAGUUGGUGGACACCAACAGGGAACAGAAAGAAAUGGAAGGGCAUCGGAUGGAGGUCCCAAUGAGAAAUGAGCCUUUUGAUCAAUGGAAGGAGAUGGAGGAGCAACGGUUCAAUUCCCAACCAGAGGAACCCAUGAUCAGAUCAUCGAGGCAAACAGAAGAAGACCCAGAAUUAUUGCUUGAGCAAAAUGAUUCAAGGCAUCAUGUUGAAUAUUUUCACAUGCAAGACGUGGAGAAUGAAACCAGCGCAAGUGGUUUUUGCAUCAAAGGCACUGCUGAAACCAAUGAAGACCUGGACAGUGAGACAAGCCAAGAAAACCAGUUGGAGGACCAGUUGGUGAACCAAGUCUCCAGCAGAAUUUAUGAUUCAGAUGAUGAAGAAAAGCAGUGGCUCAAUGGAAGCAACUCAAAUGAUGAAGAAACACCCGAAGAACCGUCCGAGACGACAGAGCAGCCCGACCUGCAGGAGUUCAUCAAAAGUACUGACCCAGAAGACGAAGACGAUAACCCAGAAAUGGCGACUGAAAUGUUCUAUACAGAGCUGACAGAAACACCUCUAGAGAAACCUGUUCAGGGGGGAAAGAAUACAAACCGACUGCAGCCUUUUCCAUCUCUAAAGAGCACUCUUAAAAACUGGGGUCUACAGUUGGCAGAGGAUGGGAUGACAAGACUGAACAUUUCUUACGUGGCCUACAUCCAUCAACAAGGCGCAGUCAGGAUUGAUAUCUUUCAGCUUUUUUUCUGCUGGGGAAAUCCGAAAAAAUUAAACCAAACGCUGUGGAUUUCUUUCUUUAUCUGCUGCAUCAGUAUAGACUGGGUACUGUUUAACUCCCAGUUCCAGGGGGCGCUGUCUCCCCUUCCCCAGAUACAUGAUGGAGGGAUACAUCAGCACAGCGAGAAGAGUGAUGAAGGGAUAACCCAACACAACAAGAAGAGUGACGGAGGGAUACCCCAACGCAAAAAGAGAAAUGCUGGAUGGAUUCUCAAAUACAACAAGAGAAAUAAUGGAGGGAUACCCCAACGCAAAAAGAGAAAUGAUGGAGGGAUUCUCAAAUACAACAAGAGAAAUGAUGGAGGGAUACCCCAACGCAAAAAGAGAAAUGAUGGAGGGAUUCUCAAAUACAACAAGAGAAAUAACAGAGGGAUUCUCAAAUACAACAAGAGAAAUGAUGGAGGGAUACCCCAACGCAAAAAGAGAAAUGAUGGAGGGAUUCUCAAAUACAAGAAGAGAAACAAUGUUGGGAUACCCCAACACAAAAAGAGAAAUGAUGGAUGGAUUCUCAAAUACAACAAGAGAAACAAUGGGGGGAUACCCCAACACAAAAAGAGAAAUGAUGGAUGGAUUCUCAAAUACAACAAGAGUAAUGAAGGAGGGAUACCUCAACACAGCAAAAGUAAUGAUGGAGGAGUACCCCAACACAACAAGAAGAGUGAUGGAGGGAUUCCACAACACAACAAGAAGAAUGAUGAAGGAGGGAUAACCCAACACAACAAGAAGAAUGAUGGAGGAAUAACUGAAUACAACAAGAAGAGUGAUGAAGGAGGGAUAACCCAACACAACAAGAAGAGUGAUGAAGGAGGGAUAACCCAACACAAUAAGAAGAGUGAUAAAGGGAUAACCCAACACAACAAGAAGAGUGAUGGAGGGAUUCUCCAACACAACAAGAAGAGUGAUGAAGGAGGGAUAACCCAACACAACAAGAAGAGUGAUAGAGGAGGGAUAACCCAACACAACAAGAAGAGUGAUAAAGGGAUAACCCAACACAACAAGAAGAGUGAUGAAGGAGGGAUAACCCAACACAACAAGAAGAGUAAAGAAGGAGGGAUUCUCCAACACAACAAGGAGAGUGAUAAAGGGAUAACCCAAACCAACAAGAAGAGUGAUGAAGGAGGGAUAACCCAACACAACAAGAAGAGUGAUGAAGGAGGGAUAACCCAAGACAACAAGAAGAGUGAAGGAGAGAUUCUCCAACACAACAAGAAGAGUGAUAAAGGGAUAACCCAAACCAACAAGAAGAGUGAUGGAGGAAUAACCGAAUACAACAAGAAGAGUGAUGAAGGAGGGAUAACCCAACACAACAAGAAGAGUGAUAAAGGGAUACCUCAACACAACAAGAAGAGUGAUGGAGGAGGGAUAACCCAACACAACAAGAAGAGUGAUAAAGGGAUACCCCAACACAACAAGAAGAGUGAUGGAGGAGGGAUAACCCAACACAACAAGAAAAGUGAUGAAGGAGGGAUAAGCCAACCCAACAAGAAGAGUGAUGAAGGAGGGAUAACCCAAAACAACAAGAAGAGUGAUAGAGGAGGGAUAACCCAACACAACAAGAAGAGUGAUGAAGGAGGGAUAACCCAACACAACAAGAAGAAUGAUAGAGGGAUAACCCAACACAACAAGAAGAGUGAUAAAGGGAUAACCCAAACCAACAAGAAGAGUGAUGGAGGGAUACUCAACCAAAACAAGAGUAAUGAUGGAGGGAUACCCCAACACAACAAGAAGAGUGAUGGAGGAAUACCCCAACACCACAAGAGAAAAGAUGGAGGGAUGCCCCAACACAACAAGAAGAGUAAUGGAGGGAUAACCCAACACAAAAAAAGAAAUGAUGGAGGGAAACCCCAACACAAUGAGAGAAAUGAUGGAGGGAUACCUCGACACAACAAGAAGAGUGACGACAAAGGAGUACCCCAACACAACAAGAAUAAUAAUGGAGGGAUUCUCCAACAAAGCAUGAAGAAAGAUGAUGAAGGGAUACCCCAACACCAUAAGAAGGGUAGUGAUAGAGGGAGACCCCAACUCAAAAAGAAGCAUGAAAAUGAAGGGACAUCCAAACACGAGAAGAAGAGUAAUGAUAAAGAGACACUCAAACACAGAAGCUUGAGUAGUGAUGAAAGAGUGAACCAUCUCAAAAUGAAGAGUGAUGAUGAAGGGAUGACCCAAAAUUGCAGAAAAAACAAUGGAGAAUUCUCAGAGCAAAACCAGAAGAAGGAUGAUGAAGGGAUUCUUCAACAGAGCAGUAUGAAGGAUGAUAAAGUGACAUCCCAACGUAACAGAUGCUGCAUGAAGAAGGGUGAUGGAGGGAUACCCAAUGAAGGUAGUCAAGAAAACAAAAAGAGGAACACAGAGGAACGGAUGUCUGAAGACAUAUCUGAAGAGAUGACUGUGAAGAACAAGAAAAAUUCUCAGGAUAAAGAGGAGAAGACACCAAGAGAUGCUGAAGAAAUAAGAAGAUCAUCCAGGCACAAUCUAAACCAGGGGCCAAACCAAGAGAAUCCAAGAUAUGUUGAGAAACAGACUGCGAGAGGAGCGAAAUUCAAACGAAGUCAGAGUGUGGAGCGCAUCAUCAAUCUAAGCUGUCACAGAGAAACGGAUGUUAGGAAAGGUGGAGGCUUCAGGAAAACCAGGAGCAGAAGCUGCAGUCAGGAACGUUUUUUUGUAUUUAACGGACAAUAGAAGGAAAUGCCUGUGAAUUAAGCUCCCGUCGUUUCUUACAACAUUUGAUGUAAUUUGCUGACACCUACUGGAUACAGGACUACAGGACACUUUAUUAUUUGACCUGUUGUCUGCUGCUCAUAGUCCUCAAUGUACUGUAGUUUAUUGCACUGAAUUAUUAAUCAAAUAUCUGCUUCAUAAAUCUGCUGUUUAUAUUAUAUAUCACUAUACACUGAUUUUAUUAUUUUUAUUGUCUGUUUAGGUUAAAUUAUUUGAAAACUGUCUAAUUGAAGAUAAUCGUUUUAAUCUGUCAUGUGAAAUGUAAAAUGAAAUGUGAUUUAAACACAUUCCAUAUAUACUUUUUAUUAGAAAAUGUACUGUUAUUUAAAAAGAUACAGUUUUUGUCUUUUUUUUUUUGCACAUUUUCAAAUAUAUUUAGAAAUGUAUUUCCCAUAUUGUCUCGCCUGGCACCAUACUAAGCUCUACCUGCGAUUUCCAGCCUCUGGUACCCAGAAUGCACCAUACACUGACAUCAUUCACUCACGUGAUCACAUGACACUGCACAUGGAACUAUCAGGGAGUCAAUCACCAGAAUAUUGAUCUCACCUGUUCACCUCCCCAUAAAUUCACUCCUCACCGAGUAUUGUAGGUUCUCCUCUUUACUUUGCAUCUUCUCAUUGCUUCUUGUUUUUGCAUCCCGUUAUCACCCUGUUUCUGUACCCUUUUAACUAAUUUUUACAUUUUGUAUAUGACCUUUGGACUGCUACUCGUUUAUGGUAUGUUUAUUCUCUUUAGCUGCUGUUUACCGUAUUAAACCUGCUCAUUUUGACUAUUCCUUGUAUUCCUGCUUUAUUUAAUAAACUUUUUAAUUCACAUCA